AUGACUCUGCUAGAAAGUCCUCAGGUCGCUACUUUGCCGUCGUUAGGUAAUCUUUCACAGAAGCCAGAGGUAUUGGAGGGAUCUUCAUAUUCAACUCCAGUGCCUUUUGUGGCGAUUAACAGCUCCGAUGAACCGAUAUCAAAUGCACACGACGGGAAAGUCGAGUUCUCUCUAGAGGAGCACCCUGUUGAUGAAGUAAGACCCAUUAAAGUGGGCAUCAUUGGUGCUGGACUCACUGGUGUCAGUGCUGGCAUCUUGCUACCAGCAAAACUGCCGGGACUUGAUUUGCGAAUCUAUGACAAAAACGCCGAUGUGGGAGGAACAUGGUUCGAGAAUACCUACCCUGGAGUGCGAUGUGAUAUCCCCGCGCAUGCCUACCAAUCGGGAUUUUCGCCCAACACUCAAUGGUCGGAAGAGUUUGCUCAAGGUGCUGAGAUCAGAGACUACUGGCAAGGGGUUGCACGAAAGUAUAAUGUCUACCAGUACCUUCGGUUUCAGCAACAGGUUCAAAGAGCAGAGUGGUUGAAUGAGGAAGGAAAAUGGAAGGUUACCAUUGAGCAUGUUGAUGGUUCUAAGAAAGUCUAUGAAGAAAAGUUGGAUAUUCUGAUCAAUGCUAUUGGCCACUUCAACGCCUGGAAGUUGCCUGAUUAUGAGGGAAUCAAAGACUAUAAGGGGUCUCUCUUCCAUUCGUCAAACUGGAAUCACAAUGUCAACUUGAAAGGCAAGAAUGUUGCCUUAAUUGGCAAUGGCGCUUCGGGUUUGCAAGUUCUUCCUUCCAUCCAGCCUAUCGCCAAUCACGUCGAUCAUUAUGCUCGCAAUCCAACAUGGAUUGCGGACUCGUUCAGCAGUGGCAGCGGCGGCGUUCGCCGGCUGGAACCAAAUCUGAUCCCCAAGGAACUCUUAGAAUCAUUCAAGGAUCCACACGUAUAUCUGAAAUACCGCACACAAGUGGAGAAAGGAUUCUUCCAACGCUUCGGCGCAAUCUUCAAAGACACUCCCGAGAACAGAGAUCUGAAAGAAAAGUGGACAGAUUUGAUGCUCAAACGCAUCGCCGAUAAGCCCGAGCUUGGAGAACAGAUCCUUCCCGAUUUUCCACCAAACUGCCGUCGUCCCACACCAGGCCCUGGAUACCUCGAGGCCCUGACCAAGGAUAAUGUCAGCUACAUCCGGACUCGCAUCCAACGCUUCACAGAAAAAGGAAUCAUCACCGAAGAUGGCGUUGAAAGAGAAGUCGACGUCGUAAUCUGCUCCACGGGCGCAAAUACAGACCACGCUCCACCAUUCUCAGUCAUCGCUAACGGCAUCGAUCUCAAAUCCGCCUGGAAGCGAGACGGCCAUUUCGGCUUCCCAUACUCUUACCUCGGAUUUGCAACCCCCGGAUUUCCCAACCUCUUCUGGCUUGGUGGUCCCUAUGCUACUGGCCACAGCGGCACAGUCCCAAACAGCACGGAGAACCAGAUUACUUACGUUGCGAAAGUCCUGCGCAAGGUGCGCAGUCAGGGAAUUAAAUCUAUUAUGCCAUCUAAGCAAGCGGCAGAUGAUUUUGUGGAGUACUGUGACCAAUUCUAUCCGCGUACUGUUUGGUCUGCGAACUGCAGUUCGUGGUACAAUGGUGGACAGCCUGGUGCACGUAUCCAUGGGUUGUUCCCUGGUAGCGCGUCGGCGACAAAUUACAUUCGUCGGGAUCCGAGAUGGGAAGAUUGGGAAUACACCUAUGUGAAUUCCAGUGGGAAUCGGUUUGCUUACUUUGGAAAUGGGUGGACUUCCAGGGAGUUGGAACCAGAUGCCGAUUUGACACCCCAUCUUAAGAUUCCCGAGGAAAUUGAUUUGAGAUCGCAUCUGGAGGGCUGGUGGGAUGUCUGA